CCAAGUUUUGACACCUUCUGUUUGGUGAAGGUGUAGACGUGUGAGCUAUUAGAAUACAAACAAGCAAGUCGUUAGUCUUGUCACUGACUAUACCUGGUUUCUCUUCAACAUCUAUAGACGCUGUACCUCGGUCCGUGGCUUUAUACUUACCAUGGCGUUUGCUGCCCAUUUUGGUUUCUCGCCUCCAACAUCCGGGGGUCUACAAGCGCAACAGUUGAUGUUAACGACAAAGACAAGUGGCAGUCAGUCCUCUCCAGGGGUGGUUGACGGUGGGCGUGGCCUAAUUUCAGCAGAGGGGCGUGGCAUUUUACCCGGGGAAGGCAUGCCCGUUGGUGCAGCGAUACCUUACCUGUCGCGUAUGGCUGGUCUACCCGAGAGUGUAUACGCCCAGGCGGCUAUGAACAUUCCAGGUGCUGGAAUCGAACCCUCAGCCUUCUACGCCCUGAAUGGGGCUGCCCAGGGGUUAUCAGUGGACCGGUCACAUGAACUGUGGAAAAACCUUCACCACCAAUCCCCCGUGGUGUACCCCUUUGAUCCAAUGCUGGCUACACACCCUUAUGGCGCUUUUUACGGUGGAUUUGACCUAAACAACGCUGCACGUAGGAAGAACGCUACACGUGAAACGACCAGUGCACUUAAAGCGUGGCUUUACGAACAUAGGAAGAACCCUUACCCCACAAAGGGCGAGAAAAUCAUGUUGGCCAUAAUAACAAAGAUGACCCUGACACAGGUCAGCACGUGGUUCGCCAACGCCAGAAGGAGGCUCAAAAAGGAAAGCAAAGUUGGAUGGAGUAAGGACAAAGAUAUUGAAGACAACGAUGACAGCGAUGUAGACGUUGAUGACAGAGGCACAGCAGAUGAUUCUGAUGAUGAAGGUAAAGAGCGACGAACCACAAAUGUAGCUGAUUGUCGACGCAUCCGUGAAGUAGAAGAGGACGAGGAUAUCCAAGUGACGAACUCUGACCUUUCAGACAUCUCCGAUACAGACGACGAUACAUGUACCCGGCCAAAACCGGAUAUUACACCAAUGAGCCAAUCAAAACAAUUGUUACUGAACUUCAAUAGGGCAGCGGAAACAUCGCCACUAUUUGUACCUCAUCGAUAUUUGACAACACAAUCAGUUUCCAGGACUGGAAUGUCACACUCAGUGCCAUCAAACAUAAGAAAUCAAAUAAAUCCAAAGCCAAAAAUUUGGUCGAUUGCAGACUUUGUAAAUACAUCAAAUAAAAGCACCGACACAAGUGAUAAUAGGACUGUUCAAGGUUGCGAAACUUUAUCUCAUCGAAGAUCAACAUCAGCAUCAAACGACGACAGAAAUACCCCUGCCAUGAGCGAGUCUUCACACACAGAACGACUUAUCGCACAUGCACACAAAAACACAGCAGCAGAGAGUGCACAGGGCAAGGCUUUAAACUUAUCUCUGGGCGAGAAAGAAAAGUCUCACGAAGACCAGACAACGUCACAAAAGACAGAUCCAGGAUCUAGUGACAGGUAACAAGGACGGGGGACGUGUAGAUAGCAAUUGUCAUUGCCGGAAUGAUCACUUCUACGCUUGGAAUAUCCGUGUCGCUAAGCUUGGAAUAACAAUCAUGUCAAGAACAUCGAUGAGUUACAGAUUGGUGUCAUUUCUCCUGGCAAGAUCGAAAACAUUCAUUGCAUGUAGUGCUAUUACAAAUCUGCGUCGUUAUUCCAAUGGAAUGGUCUUAAAGUGUGAUGUUAGUUAAACAUUAUUUUGAACUUAUGUUCGGUAUAAGUAAUGAUGGACAGAGUAUUCUGUACCUUGUGUACAAUGUUGAGCAUGCGCUGUGUUCGAUAUUAUACCAUAUUGUACAUGUGUGAUGUUAGUAUAUAAAUAUGUUGUUGCUAACCAAUAUUUGUUGGGCACGUGCUUGCUGUUGGACAUCGGUUAUGUUGGAUAGGUGUAAAGUUAAACAAGCGUUUUAAUGAACAUGUGAUAUGUUACAUUUUAAAAGGUACUGUUAGCAAAUAUGUAUGCAGUGUUCGAUAAAUGAAAUGUUGCGCAUACGCGAAUUUACCUUCACGUCUUUUAGUGGACACGUGCAACGUAAAUCACGUGUUACAAGAGACAAAUGUAAAGUUAAGCUCGUGUAAUAAAGAACAUGUGUAAGGUAAAAUACGUGUCAUAAAUGACACGUGUAACGUUGAGCACGCGUCACGCUGAGCACGUGUGAAAAAACCGAAUGAUGAAGUGCUAACUUAAUAAAGACUCAGUGAGGCGGUUAAACUAUGCAUACAUCAUAUACUCUAUUUAUUAAAUAAAAACCUGAAGUGUUAA